AUGGAUCCGCCUACUAAGAGCGACUUGGCGGUGGCCGCGUCUCUCAAAUCAGGUAAAUCGAAAGAACCAUCUGCACUGGCGAUAGCCAGCGAGACUGUAUGGGAGCGUGUGCAACGACUUGGACGUAACCAGGAACCAUUUGAACGUCCAGCGCCUGUCGAACCUACUCAACCGGCCAAUAAUGUAGAUCUUAGUCUAUUCGGUGCUGAUGUACAGUGUCUAUUGGGAGCGCGUCAACACGUGGCAGAUGCAGGUUUCAAUAGACGAGUUCAAUACGCUAGCGCAUAUCGCCGAACCAAGACCUUGAAAUGGUCGGCAGAGGAUACAGCACGUUUUUAUGAAGCUGUACGACAUUUCGGUUCUGACCUGUUGAUGGUAAGGUCUAUGCUUCCGGAGUUUACAGAUAAACAAAUUUAUGACAAAUUUAAAAUGGAAGAAAAACGUAACCCUGAUAAACUCAAUCGCGCACUCAACUCACGUACUGAAAUACCGCUAGAAAAAUUUGAAAGACGCUAUGGAAAAAUCGAUCGCAGCCGGCACUAUGAUCCAAGUAAGGACCCAGUACUACUGCACAGGAAAAACCAAAGGUCUAACCAAUUGGCUCUACGCACCCAGGUAGAAAACGAACAGGAAUGUGCACCGAUGGAACCUCCUGAAGAAAUAAAUAUCGCACAAGAUGACCCAGAUGAUGAACCGGAGGUCCAGGGCUGCAACAUUAUGCAACUGUUUAUGUAG